AUGAAAUUUGUAAUUUUAUUAGCACUAGCUUUAGUGGCAGUUGUAUCUGCUCAAGAUACUACAACUGUUGCUAGUACUGAUACCACAACUGCUGCAUCUACUGAUACUACAACAGCCGCUUCUACCGACACUACAACUGCUGCCUCUACCGAUACGACAACUGCUGCUGCUUCUACCGAUACUACGACUGCUGCUUCCUCCACCGAUACCACAACUGCUGCUUCCUCCACCGAUACCACAACUGCUGCACCAAGCAGUGGUGGAAGUACAUCAAAGAAAACAACACGCAAGACAACAAAAAGGAGAACAACUCGCAGAAGAAGACCAACCAGAAGAACAACUCGCAGAAGGAGACCAAAUAGAAGAACAACCAGAAGAAGGAGAAGAUCAACAAGACGUCCAACAAGAAGAGUAAUUAGACGUACUACUGCUAGAACCGCCGUAGUUGGACUUGGAGGACUUUUCAAUUUAUUAGGUUAA